AUGCCUGAAUUGACUGAAGUGAGAAGCCCCAUCGACGUGGCCAGCUUGGAAAAAUUCCUUGCUAACAUCACCCCUGGCGACAAAGUGACGGUGGGGCUCAAUGUCCCAAAGUUCACGGCGCCGUUUACCAUUAAGCAGUUUAAGUUUGGCCAAUCAAACCCUACGUACUAUUUGUCUGAUGCUAAUGGCCAAAAGUUCGUCCUCCGGAGAAAGCCCAGUCCCAACGAUAAGUUGGUGCUGAAACUGGCCCACGCCGUGGAACGGGAGUUCUUCCUCUUGCGGGCGAUUAACAUUUUGAACAGCGAACAACCUGACCCGGUGAAACAAGUGCCUGUUCCCAAAGUGUGGGUGCUCUGUGAGGAUGAACUGGUGAUUGGCUACGUGUUCUACGUGAUGGAGUUCAUCGAAGGGCAAAUGCUUCGCAGUCCCGAAAUGCCCGAGAUCGAGCUGGUCGAAGAGAAGAAGCAAUACUGGGACGCCAUCAUGACCACCGCCGCUGCCAUCCACAUGCUUGAUGGUGACAAGUUAAUUGAUAACCUCCCCAAGGAACACUUCCCUCAGUUCCACAAUAAGGAGAAGUUGAAGCUGUCGCUGUAUUUCGCUCGUCAAAUUAGAACGUUGACCGGGGUCACCAAAGGUCAAUCGAAGAUUGUCGAGCCUAUCCCUCACUUCGAAGAGAUUUGCCUGUGGUUGAGUCAAAAGGCCCCUCGUGACCCUGCUAAAUUGACCCUCACUCAUGGUGAUUUCAAGAUCGAUAAUGUAUUGUUUGACCCUAAGACCAAAAAGAUUGUCGCUGUAUUGGAUUGGGAAUUGUGCACCAUUGGUCACCCGCAAUUCGAUUUGGCUAACUUCUUACAACCCUUCUCAAUGCCGAACCACCUCAACAACUUGUUUUACCAGCCGCUCACGACGACGAUUGGUAGAGAAAACCCUGAGUCACACAAGCAGGUGGUGGAAUUGUUGAAGUUGUAUGAAACCAAAUAUGAUGGUAGCUGGGAUCCUAAAGACCCCACCAAUAACCCCGUUGAUUUGAGACCGGUGGGAGAUGUGUUUGGCUUAUUAAGAUUGUGCGUUAUCUCCCAAGGUAUCGCCAUGAGAGUCGAAAAGGGGGUGGCAUCGCUGGCUAAUGCCCAAGGGUUCGCCCUGUUGUACCCGUACUUGGCCGAUCUUGCUAUGGAGACUAUCGCCUCCAACAAGUCAAAGUUGUAG